UUCGUUCAAGUUUCCAGUUGAAUUUCGUGUCUCAUUUAAGUCAAAGGAGCUCCAGUGGUCCCCCAGUUUUUCCGUCUUAAUAUCGCGAAUGGGUUUGAAUCAUUUUCGCACCUCUAAUUGUGCUAGAAUGCGAAAUAAAUGGCAGAAAAGUAGGAAAAAUCAUCAGCAAGUUCAAAAUUCACGCGCAAGUUACUUGGCGCCAACGCGAGUGAUCAAUUCCAACUGCAUUCGAAGCGAUUCAGACGCUACAGCUUGAAGCGCGAGCCCGAUCUUUGUGGUUGUUUUGGGGAGGUUAAAAUAAUUUGUUUUUCUUGGGUUCAACUUUUGACAAAAAAACAGAAAAAUUGCUCAAUUAUGAGUAGCGGGAUUGAAGGUGCCGACCUGAACGGGCUAAUCGGUCCGGUUGUAGCCCUUACGAUUUUUAUCGGACUCGGUGUUAUAAUUUUCAUUUAUCUACUUAAAUGGAUUAAGCAAGAACGCUCCGAAAAGGAUGCUAAUGAUGAUACGUCCAGCAAAGCUAAAAACGCAGAAUCCAGCGUACCUGGUCGAUCCAGUAAGAAAGAGCAAACCGGACCGGUGAAGUCAAGAAAAAAACUUGCGGAUCGAGAACCAAGAAGGCCUUCUGAGAAAAGAUUUAAUCAUCCUUGGAUGUUAGUUACAUUGAAAGGGCACACCGGCAGAGUUCUAGACAUGGACUUCUCCGCAAAUGAAAAGUAUCUGGCAUCCUCAGCCGAUGAAGAACCUGAUAAAGGUGAAAAACUGUGCUUCAAACGUAAUAAGCGAAAAUUAUUGCAAAGAAGACAAAAAAAAACUAUUUUAUGUUCGAGUUCCUCAAAUAGUUCGUUAGAUUUGUGCGCUUCACCUUCGAACCCUUCGAGCCCCACGAGAACAACAGGUUUAACACGCAGACAGAGAAAAAACCAAUUAAAAAAAAAUCGCGUCGGAAAAUUAGUGCAAAAUAAUAAAAAUAAAAUGGAAAUGCCGUGGGACCAUUACAAUUUUCUUGGAGCAGAAGCUCAUAACUAUUAUGAAGAGAUUCCAUAUCAGAAUCAAAAUUCUCUGCUUACGGGUAUGCAGGAAGAUGAAUUGGCAGAGAUACUGAAGGAACAAUACGUGAUGUCAGAAGGAGACAUGGCGAUAUAUGGCUAUCCGAUGAGCAAGAAUCAACCAGCGUGUUUUAUCAACCCUAGCGAUAGCCGGUUAGACAUAAACGCUGCUGAAUUCGUGCCCGAAAGUGAAUCCAGCAGCGGAAAUUAUAGCGGGACGACCACUGAAGAUGAACUCUGUGAUGUUGAAGAAGAAGUCCAGCGCCAAGUGGGUAGGAGCAUCGGAGCCUAUCCAGCGGCGAGUUAUCAUCCGCAGCAGGAGCACGUGUGCGUCCGUUGCGGAUCUAAGUUUGUAACCCAGGGUGGGAGAUAUCUCACCGAAGGAACCUGUCGUUUCCACCCUGGGAAGCUGCGGAACCGCAACAGCCCAUUUGGGCCUAUGUGGUACACAUGCUGCAGGCUACCGCAGCAUACGCUUGGCUGCGAAGUGGGGCCCUGCCAUGUGUGGAAUGGCCCAACAGAGCUUGUUGUGGAUGAAUUAUUUGUGGAAACCGAAGAACGACCGAUGUAUUAUGAAUCAACGACUAACCUGAUCUUCGCUCUAGACUGCGAAAUGUCGUAUACCGCUGCAGGAUUGGAAGUUGUAAAAGUGGCUGUUUUAAAUUGUGAAGGUGUUCCGAUAUAUGUUGAAUAUAUUCGACCCUUAAAUCCCAUUGUGGACUACAACACUAGGUUUAGUGGAAUUGUAGCGGAGGAUUUCAUAAAUAAUAGCUCGAAAACGUUAAAAGAAGUUCAAAAGGACUUGAAGAAGUUUAUUUUUAAGGACACUGUUUUAAUAGGCCAUGGGCUUGAAAAUGAUCUCAAGGGUUUAAAAAUAAUUCAUAAAACGGUGGUCGACACGGCAUUUACAUUUCCACAUCACUCUGGUUUUCCUUUUAAACAAUCAUUAAAAUAUUUAGUGCAAUCAAUGUUAGGUCAAUCUAUACAAGGCGGCACUACGGGACAUGACCCGUGCGAAGAUGCGCGAAGUUGCUUGUUGCUGAUCAUUUUUAGAGUAUAUGGUGACCAACGAUUCGAAACUGAUUGUGCAGUAGACUGCGUAUAGGAUAACGACAAAAGCGAUUUUAUGGAUAUAUGUAUUACAUAAAAUCGAAUUUGUCAAUUCUUCAAGUUCCCAAAGGAAACAUCUCUCUGUAUGAUCGCUGCGGAAUGUAUGUUGACAAAAAAGAUCAAUAGAAUCUCAGUAUACAACUGAAGUACUAAUGUAAUUGUGAUAUUUUAUAAGAUUGUAAUGUAAUUGUGAAACAACAACUUAUGCGAGUUCCUUAAAAAGUACAGAAUUAUUGAGUGACUGGUACUGUCUUAUUUAUUGACGUCUACAUUUGGCUUGUUUGUUGUAAAUUUUAUUUUAAUAGGACUGCAUUGUAUAAAAACUUAAAUAAUCUUAAUAAAAAAUAAACUUAGAUAAACUCAAUAAUUCUGUACUUUAGACUUAAGUGGUACAGACCAAAAUUAUACUACUGUUUAAUAUUAUGUAUUUUAUUUGUAAAUAAUUUUUAUAGUGUAUUUUUUGUAAAAUAGGACAGUAAAUCCGAAUAGUUUUGAGAAA